CAAUAUCAAAUAUAUAUGGCUGGUCUCAAUUCUGGUCCAGAUUCUGGACUGAAAAAUGUCAAUUCGGAACGGGAUUUGUCUUUGCCAAUUGAAAAACACCGGGCAUUGGAAAAUUUCUAUGACAGUCAGGAAGAUGAAAUCUCAAUACGUAAAUAUUUGGGAAUUGGUGUUCAAUGGGUUAGUUUGGUUACCGAAAAUCUGCUAUCACAUCCUUUUAUAGUACUAAGACGUCAGUGCCAGGUGUAUAAUGCCUCACAAAGAUAUCAUCUGCAUCCAUUUGCAUUAAUGCCUUCCAUAAUACAUUUACAUAGACGUCAGGGUGUCACCACUUUAUGGAAGGGUUUGGGUAGUUGCCUAUUGGUACGCGGCAUGUCCAUGGCGGUGGAUGAUGUUAUAUCAAAAGUAACAUCAUGGCCUAAAGAAGUGGAUAGCCGCACCUCAUUAAAACGUUUUGGCCAACAUGUCAUUUUAAAAUGCAUUAGCAUUGCUGUUGUUAUGCCUUUCUAUGCUGCAUCCUUGGUGGAGAGUGUUCAAAGUGAUAUUGCCAGCGAAAAACCGGGCCUUUUUGAUGUAUUCCGUGAGGGCAGUUUACGUUUGCUCUAUUGGAAAUCACCACAGAAGGGACGCAUGUUACCAGUAUGGUGUUUAAUUGGACCCACGAUUGGUGUGGGUAUAACAAAAUAUCUAUUUGGUUUAGUUAUUAAAGGCAUUUCAUCACGCAUCAUGCGACGACGCAUCCAACAGGCCCAGGAACGUAAGGGCGCCAAAUUUAAAGAUGACUCUCUCGAAACACAAAAUGUUGAAAUCUAUUCGAAUCUAAUAUCGAUGCUGACAACCGAAGUUAUAUUUUUCCCAUUGGAAACAAUUUUACACCGCAUCCAGUUGCAGGGUACCCGCACCAUUAUUGAUAAUCUGGAUAAUGGUUAUGCCGUUGUGCCCAUACUCACCAAUUAUCAGGGAGCUGUGGAUUGUUAUCGCACCACAGUGGCAACAGAGGGGUUUGCCGGACUAUAUAAGGGUUUUGGGGCCAUUAUAUUACAAUUUGCUGCACAUAUUGCUGUUAUAAAGCUAACCAAAUGGGUUGUUACUCAAAUCACGGAAGUUAUAUCCAGUCGUCCUCCACAAAAAGUUGUACAAUAUUAUAAUUUGGAUCGUGGACUGAAUUCGAAUUCCACAACGAUAUCACGUAGUCUAAGUUCAGGUAGUGAUAUAGAUGAGAAUAGUGUGGGUAACCGGUCGGUUGAUUAA